CCAAAAAAUAAUCUGAAUUUAUUGUCGAAUCUGUCUUCUGCAGAAGAACCUCCAAUGGCAUCAAAACAUCUUUCCAACUCAAGUCAGCAAUCAACAACUCCUCCCAUCAUUGCCCAGUCAUUCAAAAACAACAGAGAGGCACCCAAACACAGAUAUAAAAAUAAAAAGGAAUCCUUGCGCCACAGCCAAUCUCUGUCAAGUAGAUAACCUUUCCCAUCGAGUUCUCUCGUCAAGUAUAAAAAAAAGGAAAAAGGCGAAACAAAGGAAAAAGUGGAUAUCCCUCAUUCAAACAUUGAAAAACAAGCCCAGAUUAACGACAAUAAGAGAAAAAGAAAAAAAGGCAGACUCAUUCCUCCCGGGGCGCUGAUUGAGAAGCAAAUUGAAGGGCGCCCCCGAAUAUCCCAAUUAAUCUAUGAAUUAGUCAUUCAUUUGACAAAGAGGCAAAAGACAUGCGGCACAUGUAUCAGCCAGCUUUCAUCCUUCAUCUUUAGUUCACAUUUCAGCCACAUGAGCAUCUGUAUCUUGCUUUAAUGGGCCCAAUGAGAGCAGUAUAUAGACGUCGAAUCCAGUGUGUUGAGUCGUCGUCGUCGAAGCGCAAGAAGCCCCUUGGUGGGCGUCUCCUUUUCGAUAUCGUUGCGGGUAUUAAACCAAAAACAACUCCAAAUGAAUUUCUCCACCCAUAUUUCCCGGAUACAAAACCAUCAACCCGUGAGAAAUAGUCGUGCUAGCAAAU